AUGGAAGCCCGGAGAGCCUUUUCUUCGGCAACGCGCUCCUUGUCCUCUUCUUCUCUCAGAGAACGCCUCUCCAGCCUCACCACCACCCCGCUCCGCCCCGUCACAGCCCUCAAGACAAACAUUGACUUUGUGCCGGCCAAGAUACCCCGCAAGAGACGGUUUCAGACACUCGCAGUUGCCAUCUGGUCAACGAGCAUCGUCUGGUGCACCUUCGUCUUUUUGAUCCUCCUUUCGUAUCCCCCACUGUGGCCGUUUCUCGUAGCGUACCUCAUAUGGGCAUUUUACGUCGACCGGAGCCCUGAGAAUGGGGGCCGAAUGAGCCCAAGGUUCCGUUCGUCGUGUUUCUGGCAGUAUUUCGCCGACUACUAUCCUGCUUCGAUGCUGAAGACAUGCGACCUCCCGGCGGAUAGACCGUAUGUCUUUGGGUACCAUCCGCACGGUAUCAUCGGCAUGGGUGCUAUAUGCACAUUCGCCACCGAGAGCACAGGCUUCUCAGAGAGCUUCCCCGGAAUCAGCCCUCAUCUCCUCACGCUGGAGACGAACUUCCGCGUUCCGUUCUACCGCGAAAUCAUGCUCGCCAUGGGCGUGUGCUCCGUGAGCAAGCGCUCCUGCGUGAACAUCCUUAAGGGCGGCGCCGGGCAGGCUAUCACGAUCGUCGUUGGCGGCGCGGCGGAGAGCCUCAGUGCGCGCCCUGGGACUGCAGACUUGACACUGCGGAAAAGAUUGGGAUUCAUCAAAGUCGCGAUUCAGCAAGGGGCCGAUCUCGUGCCGGCGUUUUCGUUCGGCGAGAACGAUAUCUACCAGCAGAUGGCGAACGAGAAGGGCACAACCGUCUAUGAGCUACAGAAGAAAUUCCAGAACGUGUUCGGUUUCACGUUACCGCUGUUCCAUGGGCGCGGGAUGCUCAACUAUAAUCUCGGCCUCAUGCCGUACAGGCGGCGCAUCGUCGUGGUUGUGGGCCGCCCCAUACACGUAGAGAAGUGCGACAAGCCAACAGUAGAGGAGAUCACGCACGUACAGACACAGUACAUAGAGGAACUCAUGCGGAUCUGGCACACAUACAAAGACGAGUUUGCGCGGACGCGAAAACGGGAGCUAAGCAUUAUCGAGUGA